AACAGUUCCACCAAGUGAGAAGAGUGAUGACCAUCCUUUUCCUUACUAUGGUUAUCUCAUACUUCAGUUGCAUGAAAGCUGCCCCAAUGAAAGAAGCUAGUGUAAGAGGACAAGGCAGCGUGGCUUACCCAGGUCUUCGGACCCACGGGACUCUGGAGGGCGUAAAUGGGCUCAAUGCUGGUUCAAGAGGACUGACAUCGCUGGCAGACACUUUUGAACAUGUCAUAGAGGAGCUGCUAGAUGAGGACCAGGACAUCCAGCCCAGCGAGGAAAACAAGGAUGCAGACUUGUACACAUCCCGAGUCAUGCUAAGCAGUCAAGUGCCUUUGGAACCUCCACUGCUCUUUCUGCUCGAGGAGUACAAAAACUACUUGGAUGCUGCAAACAUGUCCAUGAGGGUCCGGCGCCACUCUGACCCAGCUCGCCGCGGGGAACUGAGCGUGUGUGACAGCACCAGCGAGUGGGUGACGGCGGCGGAGAAAAAGACUGCAGUGGACAUGUCCGGGGCGACUGUCACGGUCCUGGAAAAGGUCCCAGUACCCAAAGGCCAACUGAAGCAAUACUUCUACGAGACCAAAUGCAACCCCAAGGGGUACACAAAGGAGGGCUGCAGGGGCAUAGACAAGAGGCACUGGAACUCCCAGUGCCGAACUACCCAGUCUUACGUGAGAGCUCUCACCAUGGAUAACAAAAAGAGAGUUGGCUGGCGCUUUAUAAGGAUAGACACUUCCUGUGUAUGUACAUUAACCAUUAAAAGGGGAAGAUAGUGGAUUCGUGUUGUAUAGAUUAUAUUGAGACAAAAUUAUCUAUUUGUAUAUAUACAUAACAGGGUAAAUUAUUCAGUAAAAAAUAAUUUUAUGGACUGCAUGUAUAACUGAAGUUUAUACAGUACAGUGGUUCCACAAUCUAUUUAUUGAACAUAUCCAUGACCUGAAGGGGAACAAAAGUCAUUUGCGCACAAGUUUAAAAAAAACACACACACACACAAAAAAAGAGAAAAACAAGCAAACAAAAAAGUCUGCAUUACAUUCCUCGAUAACAUUGUGGUUUGUCGCCGUUGCCAAGAAUUGAAAAUAUAAAAAUUAAAAAAAAAAAAGAAUAAAAUUGCAUGCUGCUUCAAUUGUGAAUUGAUGAUAAACUGUCCUCUUUCAGAAAAAUAAAUUGAACCAAAACAUUCCGUUUACAUUUUAGACAGUAAGUAUCUUUAUUCCUGUUAGUAUUAUAUCUGUUUACUGCUUUUAACUUCUGAUAGCGUUGGAAUUAAAACAAUGUCAAGGUGCUGUUGUCAUAGUUUUACUGUUUCUCUUUUACUUUUGAUCUCCCAUCAGAUUGAAAAAGAAAAAAAAAUCAUUACCUUAUUCUGGAUUAAAAACAAAUUUGGUUUUUUUGUAUGUUGUGAAGGUGUUUGCAAUAGCAAUCCAACUACUGACAAAACGUAAUAAAAAAAAAAAAAAGAGGCAACUUA